GCCGACCUCGCACCUCUUCAGCUGUACCUUUCUGCACUCAUAUUUACGCCGGUGAACAGUAUUAUCCGGAAGGCUUUCCUACAGCAACGUACGGAUGUGUUUUCUACGCUGCCUAAUGUAUUUCCACAUUGGAGCGCCACACUCCAGACACUGACGGGGCACACGGCUUGGGUCACGUCGGUGGCGUUGUCGGCGGACGGCACGCGGCUGGCGUCGGCGUCGCACGACGAGACCGUCCGGCUCUGGGACGCGGCGACGGGCGCGCUGCUGCAGACGCUCGAGGGGCACACGGAAUCGGUCACGUCGGUGGCGGUCUCGGCGGACGGCGCGCGGCUGGCGUCGGCGUCGCACGACCAGACCGUCCGGCUCUGGGACGCGGCGACGGGCGCGCCGCUGCAGACGCUCGAGGGGUACACAAGACAUGUCAAGUUCUCCACGGAAGGCACGCUCCUUUUGACCGAUCUCGGGCAGUUUGCAGUGUCCGAAGACGAAUUCCACCACGAUCGGGAGCAUGUACUGCUGAAGCCUGUUCCUCAUACCUUGCAAUUACAAGAGGAAUGGAUCCAGCAUAACGGUAACGACAUCCUCUGGUUGCCGCACGACUUUCGCGGAACAUGCUCGGCAGUGUACGGAAAAACGCUCGUUAUCGGGCAAAGCUCAGGAGCUGUGUCACUCUUCCAAGCACGAGACGAGAGCCACAUAGUAUCGUAA